GAACAUCGGAAACUUCAUGAGAGUGGGGACGUACAGUAUACUGAUGUCGGCAAAGGCUGGAUCUUGGCCACUUCCUCGUGUUGGAGGAAGAGUUGCGUGGUGGAGUGGGUAUGCUACUAAGCUCCUCUGCUUACAAACACCUAGAGGACAAUGUUGUGGUAGUGAAUAGCCGGAUCAUAGUGGCAAACUUCAGUGGCAACCCUGCUACUACUAUGAUAUGCUGCUACAGUCCAACGAACCUGCUCGGAUGACAACGAGAUCCGCAAGGGACUUUUUUUUGCGAUCAGCAUGAUUUCUUAGUUGCUACGGACGCUUUGUUUUCAAAAGGUGACAAGAGAAUUUCCUGCUGUGGGAAUUUAAUUAGUACAUUAAUUUCUGGCCAAAAAACGUAAUCCGAUAAGGUGUCAACCCUGUCAUAUGCCACUACAGUAGUAAUCCUUUUGAAAGCUCAGAACGAGUUCAAGAUAGUAAAAACCAGAUGAAAAUACAACGCUAUCCAUUAUAAAAAUUAAAAUAAAGCAAAAUUAAAACAAUUUUGCUUAUAGUAAAGUGUAUGCCUUGCAAAACCUUCAAGUUGGUCCUAGAUAAUUUUUUGCCAGAUUUCAGCACGAGGAAUCCACGCGCCAGGACGCGCGGACAGCAAUGAUCAGGAAAUAAAGCGGAAGAACGAAUUGUCUUUUCAAAAAUAUAUUUUCCCUUUCAAACUGAAAUGCUUCAAGGCUAAACGAGAUUUUGCCUAUUGCGACUGGCCGGUGCUAUCUCACGAUAGCCGAUCUGUAGCGAAGACACGGAGUCCAGUGUAAAUAUUGAGCCGCUUUUUAGGCAUGCGGUUGCCUGCAGUUUUUAUUUAUGCGUCGUAAUGUCAAAACAAAGAAACAAAUCAGCAAGUGGAAAAAAGGAUUGUGCAACUAAAAGUAUAACCCAUCCUACAAUGAAAUUAAUUGGAUUUUACUUUAUAUGGUAUGCUUUUGGUAUAUCGCGCUGGAUCUGCCACGAUGCUUUGUCAGAAGAUUCCUGAGAGUGAGAGCCACGAGUGAUGGCGGUGUACAUAUGUGACGAUCCUCGUCUAUUCUAUUGCGCCAGGUUUUUUUCUCCUUCGCUGGAUACCGAAAAGACUUGGUAUCAUUGCUUUGAAUUCCAGCCUAUGUAAUGGAAAGCUAUGCAUGUUCGGCUCCUCCGAUUCAGUCAAGAGUCUUAGCGAGGAAUUUAAGCAAUCUGACAAGAUGGCGUUCUUGCUUGUAUGAGUUGGUUCUCCGUGCCGUCGAUGGAGGGGGCUUUUUGGUCCGCUGUCGCUCGAUAUCAUUCGCCACAGGUCCUUUAGCUAAAUCCUGUUUCUAGAAGCGGAUUUCAAGAGUGGUCGACUGGAUCAGUUCAUUUUGAUUCAAGGGUUCUGUCCAUUGGCGCCAAAAUCGAAUAGUCCGCCAAUUCCCCAAAAUAGCCCGCCAAUCCAAAAUCUCUGUACACAUCCUUCACUCAGGAAACAACCAAGUAACAAUGGGUAUGACUCGCUUUUAUUAAAUAACAAAGUCGGUAUACCAACUUGCAAAGCAAAUUGUGAGAAAUGAGGUCAGUUAACCAGUUUAUUGUUUGUUGAAAUAUCAUUUUCUUGUAAUUAUUGUGGGACAUAGUUUUUGAAGCCCAUUGUUUCUCCCUUAUUUAAAUUCAAUUUUUUCUCCUUUCACUUCAAUUCCUGUCACUUUUCAAUGGCUAAUAAUGUUUUUUUUUCAUAAAGGCUGAUCUCGAAACUGUUUUGCAAAUGUGAUUAGGCAUACAGAGGUCUUAAAGAAAAGUGAAAUUUUUUUGACAGAAAACACUACAAUUAUGUUUGUUUAAAGGGCGACAUUUAACUUUAAGAAGAAAUUCUACUUUUUCAUCUAUCUUUGUGUAUUCAAGAGUGGGUGUUUGAUACUGCCAUGAUGUUCUGCUACUCCUAAGUGCAAAUUGUGAAAUGCAACAGAACACUAGGUGUGUCGCCCGUGUUUCUGUGAGUUAGAAAUUCAUGGCAUUAUUAAUUCACCUGCAAACUUAUCUUAUAGUCAUCUUGAGUGAGUAGGUUUUUGAUAAUGCCAUGAUGUUCUGCGACUCCUAAGUGCGAAUUGUGAAAUGCAACAGAACACUAGGUGUGUCGCCCGUGUUUCUGAGUUAGAAAUUCAUGGCAUUAUUAAUUCACCUGCAAACUUAUCUAAUAGUCAUCUUGAGUGAGUAGGUUUUUGAUAAUGCCAUGAUGUUCUGCGACUCCUAAGUGCGAAUUGUGAAAUGCAACAGAACACUAGGUGUGUCGCCCGUGUUUCUGUGAGUUAGAAAUUCAUGGCAUUAUUAAUUCACCUGCAAACUUAUCUAAUAGUCAUCUUGAGUGAGUAGGUUUUUGAUAAUGCCAUGAUGAUCUGCAACUCCUAAGUGCAAAUUGUGAAAUGCAACAGAACACUAGGUGUGUCGCCCAUGUUUCUGUGAGUUAGAAAUUCAUGGCAUUAUUAAUUCACCUGCAAACUUAUCUUAUAGUCAUCUUGAGUGAGUAGGUUUUUAAUAAUGCCAUGAUGUUCUGUGACUCCUAAGUGCGAAUUGUGAAAUGCAACAGAACACUAGGUGUGUCGCCCGUGUUUCUGUGAGUUAGAAAUUCAUGGCAUUAUUAAUUCACCUGCAAACUUAUCUAAUAGUCAUCUUGAGUGAGUAGGUUUUUGAUAAUGCCAUGAUGAUCUGCAACUCCUAAGUGCAAAUUGUGAAAUGCAACAGAACACUAGGUGUGUCGCCCGUGUUUCUGUGAGUUAGAAAUUCAUGGCAUUAUUAAUUCACCUGCAAACUUAUCUUAUAGUCAUCUUGAGUGAGUAGGUUUUUGAUAAUGCCAUGAUGUUCUGCGACUCCUAAGUGCAAAUUGUGAAAUGCAACAGAACACUAGGUGUGUCGCCCGUGUUUCUGUGAGUUAGAAAUUCAUGGCAUUAUUAAUUCACCUGCAAACUUAUCUAACAGUCAUCUUGAGUGAGUAGGUUUUUGAUAAUGCCAUGAUGAUCUGCGACUCCUAAGUGCAAAUUGUGAAAUGCAACAGAACACUAGGUGUGUCGCCCGUGCUUCUGUGAGUUAGAAAUUCAUGGCAUUAUUAAUUCACCUGCAAACCUAUCUAAAAGUCCUCUUGAGUGAGUAGGUUUUUGAUAAUGCCAUGAUGUUCUGCAACUCCUAAGUGCAAAUUGUGAAAUGCAACAGAACACUAGGUGUGUCGCCCGUGUUUCUAUGAGUUAGAAAUUCGUGGCAUUAUUAAUCCACCUGCAAACUUCUCUAAUAGUCAUCUUGAGUGAGUAGGUUUUUAAUAAUGCCAUGAUGCUCUGCGACUCCUAAGUGCAAAUUUUGAAAUGCAACAGAACACUAGGUGUGUCGCCCGUGUUUCUGUGAGUUAGAAAUUCAUGGCAUUAUUAAUUCACCUGCAAACUUAUCUAACAGUCAUCGUGAGUGAGUAGGUUUUUGAUAAUGCCAUGAUGAUCUGCGACUCCUAAGUGCAAAUUGUGAAAUGCAACAGAACACUACGUGUGUCGCCCGUGUUUCUGUGAGUUAGAAAUUCAUCACAUUUUUAAUUCACCUGUAAAGUUAUCUAAUGGUCAUCUUAAGUGAGUAGGUUUUGGGAAUGGGUUUUUGGCAUUAUACUUCUCUUACUGACAAUCGGUCAUUGCUGCGGAGCGACCGAAGGGAGCGAGCAGCAACAUAAUCAGGAUUUAAAGGAAAUAUAUAAGGGGCGACGAAUUCUCGAAUUCAUCACUUUUUACCACAAUGCAUUGCAUUUAACCACACUUUUUACCACAAUGCAUUGCAUUUAACCAGAGUGCAUUGCGCCACGAACAACUCAAAUAAAAACACGGGGAACUUAGUUCGGUGGGUGAGAGAGUGCAUCGUUCGCUGCUCAGACUUUUCUUUGUGGCAAAUUUUCUACAGCACGGUUAGAGGUCUUACCAAAUUUUAAGACACGCAGGAGUCUUUCCGGAUGAGUACGAUGGUUAACUUGGGGAUUGGAUGUCAAUUCAAGAGCCUUUGACUCGUCCAGGUGUUAAACCUGACGAGAAGAUGAGCAUUUGCUCUUCGACUCCGCAACACGGGGAAUAGAAUAUACAAAUUCCAGCUUGCUAGAACGUGAUGUGAAAGUGAGAAAGUGUCAUGCAAUGCUAUUCUUAAGAAACUGUAUGAGCCGAAAAUGGAUGUGAUUUUGACCAUUCGCUUCAAAAUAACAGCGGAAAUCGAGAUAACAAAACAUAUGUUUUGGGUCCUACUUUGCAGACGAGGACGUUUAUCGGCGUUUUGAAAAGCAUAAUUAUGUUCUUUCAUUCAUUUAUUGCCAUGGAAUAUAGCUCGGUUAAUGCGGCUGGCGAUCAUCUUGCCGGCGGAAUUUUCAUGGAAAAGGAAUAAAAUGAAAGACUUUUCCUAAGGACUACGUAAUCAGCCUCUGUGGUGUAGUGAUUAGGAGUAGUCGCGUCGAGUUAAAGGUACCGGGUUCAAGUCCUACUGAAUUAUAUAUUCCUUCUUUCUUUUUUUUUCCGUUUUUUGUGUUGUUGUUUUCAAUAAAUAUAUAGCUAAAUAACUGUCACUUUAUAAAGAGCAAGAAAAGUAUUGUGUUUCCAGAGAAAAUAUCGCGCCCGUAUAUUAAAUAUAUGGAUAAACGAUCUGAAUUUCUAUUAUUUCCUACAAUUUACUGUGGGAAAACCAGAGUUGAUAACCACUUGAUCAUUUUCUAAACAACCUUCCCACGAGUUCUUUCUAUAGACUGAUAGUAAUUAUUCUAGUACUUUCCAACAUGUAAAUAGGACAUUCAAUGUCAUUUUUGAUUCUUUUAACUAAUGCCAGUAUCAACAGAAUGUGCCGCAGCAUUACUAUCUUUUAGAUACCCUAGUUUAGAAAAUAUUGUUGUUUCCAGAGUUACACUGGAUCAUAAAGGGUUGUUAUUGAUAAUGGCAUGAACUCUAUGCUAAAAAACUAGAAUCUUUAUUUUUAGAAAAUAAUUACCCAAUAUACGUGGACCAUCUUCUUGACCUCGAAAUGUAUGUCGCGGAAAAAAUAAGAUUCGCUCAGUAAAAGUUUAGAACGCUCCACGCGCGGCAAAGAAAACCCCUGUUGUUCAAGCAAACUCUAAGGACCUCUAAGGUCACGUCUCACAUUAUUACUAGUUUAUAAGUCAUGUUUAUUUCAAACAAUUAAGAGAGUUUUCUAGACUGCUUGCAGGCCGCCUUUUUUUGCAUAGACCAUUUUCAUGACCGCUAAAUGUAAGUCUCAGUGCGGCGGAAAAAAUACAAUUUUAGAACGCUCCAUGUGCGGCAUGGUGACCAACACGCGACGAGGGAAAGAAGGAAAACCCCUGUUGUUCAAGCAAACUCUAAGGUCACGUCUCACAACAUUACGAGUUUUUAAGUCGUGUUUAUUUCAAACAUUUAAGAAAGUCUUUCUGGACUGUUUGCAGCCCGCCUUUUCUCUUAAAAUCUGUUUAGUUCUUAUUCCAGCUAGCGAGAUUGUAAACAACAACUUUAGAAUAGAGAAUUUACCCUGGGUGCCAGAGACUUUCCAUGCCCGCGCUUUCCGUUUUCGGCCAAAGCUUUUCAGUGAAAUCAGUGAAGGUCGAGACGCCCGCAUUUAGCAGUUCGCGGCUUUGUAAAGGAAAGUAAUAGACUGUUCGCAGUUUAUAGUCGUUCAAGCAACGAGGCCUUCCGGUGGCAAAAUAAAUAUUGUACUAAAACAUUUUGCGUUAACCUUCGCAAACUGACUAAAGAAUUCUAUGUAAGAUUUGGUUUCGGAAUAAUUGUUACGGCGUGCAUUUAGUUUUCCUCGCUUUUAGCCAAAUAUUUCACUCACAAGAAAAAUAGUUUUUAACUCGGCAUUUGCAGCUCACACGCAAAAUUGUUCACGCGUUUUACUCGCCGUUUGUCGCGGCUUGCUUUGAAAGGUCCCACGAGUUUCUUUCUGUGUUUCCAUUGAGUGCAAUGAAUCAAAUUUCUAAUUAAUUUGGUUAAGCUGUCAAACGAUGACGUGUAAAUAAAAUGAAACAUUCAGUCGUGAUGAUUUAGAGAGGAUCGUAUUCUAUGAGUUGUCAACACGUCUAUUGUUUUACAUUGCGCAAUCGGUCAUUUCAGAUGACCGACUUCGCAGAUCUCUAAGUCUUGCGCGUCCUCAUACUUCUACAACACACUCUCUGAAGAAACAAAGAAGCUACCUGGGCAUAACCUAAAGAUCAUAUGA